AUGGAAGGAGGUGAUGCUAGUCCGAUCAAUCGAACCCCCUCACCACGAAUGGAUGACGUUGAUGCCCCGUCGUCACAGCCACAUUCGCCCGAUGCCUCACAACCACAAUCACCCAUCGACGAAGAAAAUGCCCCUCUCUCUCCCACUUCAGAUGCCCCGGAGUCUCCAUAUAAUGAUUAUCAACCAAACGAGCAACAAGCAGAGGAACCCAGCACGAGUCCCAAGGAUGCAGAUGAUAAUAGCUCAAAGCAUGAUGAGAAACAAGUCGACAAGAAUGACGAGGACCAAGCAAGCCCUGUAAAGUCUAAAUCAAUGAGCCCACCGGCCUCGCCAGCGAGCAGUCAUGAUGAAGAGGAGCCAAAAAUUUCGCCCAAGAAGAGGCGCAUUUUGAGUUCGGAUGAUGAAAGUGAUGGGGUCAGUGAUAAAGAUGAAGCUCAACAGGAGGACAAGGACAGUGACACCGAAUCUCCAGUCAAGAAACGACGAGCAAUCUUUGGAUCGGACGAUGAAGACUCUGAGGAUGAAGGAGACAAAAAUAAAAACAAAUCGGACAGCGAUUCUUCAAAAAGCCCAAAAAGCGGGGAUGAAGAAACGGCGAAAGAUUUGGUCGAAAACAUCUUUGGUGGCUCUGAUGAUGAAAAAGAAGAGGACAAGCCUGUCGAUGACGACGAUGAAGAUAUGCCAAAACGGGGUCCUAAAGAUGAAGACGGCUUUGAAUGGGAUUUCGACGUGAUGAUGCGACAGAAGAAGGCUGAAAAGAAGCGAAGCCGAAAGAGGAAAAGCGAUGGAUUUGACCUUAUUAAUGAUGAUGAUGGGCAAGUGGCAAGACUAGUUGAGUCAAUGAAACAAGCUGCCAAGGAAGAUCGUCAUUCAAAUGUUGAAAGGCGUCCGGCAUUGAAGAAACGCAAGCUUUUGCCUACAGUUAAAAACAUGCUUCUGCGGCUUGACAUGAUGGAAGCUAUGCUUGACGGGGGAAUGAUGUCAAUUCUGAGUGAAUGGCUAGCGCCACUUCCUGACAAAAGCCUUCCUUGCCUUGAGAUUAGGACAUCGCUUCUUAAAUUACUUCAAUCGUAUCGACUAGAGCAGGGAACGCUUCGUCAAUCUGGGCUUGGCAAGGCUGUUAUGAUGCUCUUCAAGCACCCCAAAGAAACUAAGGACAAUAAACUUCUUGCCCAAAGGCUUAUUGGUGAAUGGGCACGUCCGAUUUUCAAUUUGACAACAGAUUUUGCCUCCCUCUCGCGGGACGAACGAAUUCAACGUGACUAUGAGCACAUGCCAGAAAACAUCAAGCGAAGAAGGGAAAGUCAUGAAGCUGGCCCAUCAACUUCACAAGACUCUGAGGGAAAUACUCUUGCUCCAGGGGAUAAGGGUUUCAUCGGUCGCGCUAGAGUGCCCAAAAUUAGUAAAACUGACUAUGUCGUCAGGCCCAAAUCAAACGUCGAAGGAGAGUUUAAGGGUGCUGGCAAGCGUGAGCUGGGACGAAUGGACCGUGCUGCCCGGGAUUUCAAAGAACGCACUCGAAAAACAAAGUUUGGAAGAGCUGUCGGUGUGAGUAUCGAGGGACGCCGAAUGGAAAUA